AUGCGUAUAAUUACACAAGAAACUGGUAUUGAACUAACAAAUGAAAAGAUUACUAAUCAAUCAGGUAAAUCUGAUUAUGAAGUUAUGACAAAUUUAAGACAUAAAUCGAUUAGUAGUAUAAUAUCAUAUGAACAACUAAAAGAUAAUUUACAAAAAAAAAAUAUUGCAGAUUUUUAUAAUGCAAUUUCUCUGGAUAAUAAUUUAUCAUUUGAUAAUAAUAAUGAUCAAGUUAUUCAAAAUAAUCAAACAAUGAUUCAAGGUUUUAAAACUGCAUCUGAGUUAUUAAACG